AUUUUCAAUUUUUUUUCUACUUUCAGCCGAGUCACUUUGCCAUUGACUGUUGAUGAGUAUCAAGUUGCACAACUGUAUUCCGUGGCGGAGGCAUCGAAAAAUGAAACGGGCGGUGGUGAAGGUAUUGAAGUAUUAAAAAAUGAACCCUUUACCGAUCAUCCAUUGUUGGGUGGCAAAUAUAGUUCCGGUCAGUAUACAUAUAAAAUUUAUCAUUUGGCUUCAAAAGUCCCAGCAUUUAUAAGAAUAUUGGCACCCAAAGGAUCUCUGGAGAUUCAUGAAGAGGCAUGGAAUGCCUAUCCAUAUUGUAAAACAGUCAUUACGAAUCCUAAGUUUAUGAAAGAUGGCUUUAAAGUUAUUAUAGAUUCUCUGCAUUUACCCGAUACAGGAGAUUCUGAAAAUGUACACCAACUGCCCCCCGAAAAACUAAAACAACGUGAAGUUGUUCAUAUUGAUAUUGCCAAUGAUCCCGUUACGCCUGCGGAUUAUAAACCUGAUGAGGACCCAACAAAGUUCAAAUCAGAGAAAACCGGUCGUGGUCCAUUGGUCGGUGCCGAUUGGAAGAAAAAAGUCGAUCCAGUUAUGACAUGCUACAAAUUGGUAACUUGUGAAUUCAAAUGGUUCGGUCUACAAUCGAGAAUAGAAAAUUUCAUUCAAAAAUCGGAACGACGAUUAUUUACAAACUUCCAUCGUCAAGUAUUCUGUUGGAUGGAUCGCUGGCACGGUCUAACAAUGGAAGAUAUUCGUGCUAUUGAAGAUAAGGUCAAGGAGGAACUCGAUAAACAACGUCAAGAGGGUGAAGUGCGUGGCACCAAGGCCGAUAGUGAUUAGGAACAAUAUUAAUAAAUGUCGUCAAAAUAAAUAAAAAGAAACAAAACAAAAAACUAUAUAAAUAUAUAACAAAAAAUUAACAACAACAGCAAC